CAUUAGUACUAUUUGCUAAUUCAAAUGUCCAUUUGUUCACAAUACUUCCCAGAAGAGCCAAAGGCUCCAGUUGUUGCUACUCAAGAACAUCCAAGUGUUAAAUCAAAGGUUGGUAUCGCUUCCUUAGGUAAAGUUUUUGACUCCCGUGGUGUCUACUUUGUUGCCGAUUACCAAAAGUCUAACGGUAACUACAUUGCAGAUGUUGAUGGAAACGUUUACUUGGAUGUUUAUGCUCAAAUCGCAUCAAUCCCAUUAGGUUACAACAACCCUGUGUUGCACGAAGUUGCUCAAUCUGAUAAGAUGAUUAGAGCUAUCAUUGAUAGACCAGCUUUGGGUAAUUUCCCAGGAAAGGAUGCUGAAGAAAUCAUCUCCGAAAUUUUAAAGGUUGCUCCAAAGGGUCAAGACAAAGUAUGGUCCGCUUUGUCCGGUGCUGAUGCCAAUGAAUUAGCAUUCAAGGCUACCUUUUUCUGGUACCAAGCACAAAAGAGAGGUUACAAUACCGAAUUCUCUUCUGAAGAAGUUUCCUCAGUUAUGCACAAUCAAGCUCCAGGUUCUCCAGAAUUAGCUAUUUUAUCUUUUGAACGUGCUUUCCAUGGUAGAUUAUUUGCUUCUGGUUCAACUACCUGUUCUAAGCCAAUUCAUAAGUUAGAUAUGCCUGCUUUCAAAUGGCCAAAGGCUCAAUUCCCAUCAUACAAAUACCCAUUGGAUGCCAAUGUCGAAGCUAACAAGAAGGAAGACGCUAGAUGUUUAGCUAUAGUUGAAGAAUUAUUCAAGACCUGGUCUGUUCCAAUUGCUGGUGUUCUUGUUGAACCAAUCCAAUCCGAAGGUGGUGACAAUCAUGCAUCUGCUGAAUUCUUUCAAGGUUUACGUGACAUUACCUUAAAGCAUGGAGCCUUAUUGAUUAUGGAUGAAGUUCAAACUGGUGUCGGUGCCACUGGUAAGAUGUGGGGCCAUGAACAUUUCAACCUUUCUCCUCCACCUGACUUGGUUACCUUCUCCAAGAAGUUCCAAUCUGCUGGUUACUUCUUCCACGACCCAGAAAUCGUUCCUAACUUUGCAUACCGUCAAUUCAACACCUGGUGUGGUGAUCCAGCUAGAAUGAUCUUAGCUGGUGCUAUCGGUCAAGAAAUUGUCAAGCAUGACUUGUCAUCUCAAGCCGCUAGAGUUGGUGCAUAUUUGUUUAAGAAAUUGGAAGCAGUUCAAUCCAAGUACCCUGAAUAUAUGCGUGAUCUCAGAGGUAAAGACAGAGCUACUUUCAUUGCAUGGUCCUUGAAGGAUGCUGCUGCAAGAAAUAAGUUUUUAGUAGACAUGAAGUCCGUUGGUGUUAACAUUGGUGGAUGUGCUGAUGAUUCUGUUAGAUUGAGACCUACUUUAGUGUUUGAAGAAAAACACGCUGAUAUUUUGGUUGCAGCAAUUGAAAAGGUAUUGUCCGGUUACUAGGUAAUAUAUAUAUAGAAUAACAUAAAUAAUUUAAACGCAAUAUAUGUACAUUAUGACUGAAAAAUGCAUUACCAGAUGUUAAAGAAGAAACACCUCCCCCAAUUAGAGUGUACGUGAUAUGGUAGCACCAAUAAAUACCCCGGGUCCGCUUUCGGUUCAAUCUCGAGUGAGAUAAUAUGAGAAAAAAAAAUUUUACACGAAUAUUUUGAUCAGUUUGUAGCUUAUCGAGUGGCCCCUUAUCUAGUCAUACCCUCUCGCUUUUGCAUAAACAAUGGAAGAUUAUAAAGUGGCAACUGCUAUGUCCCCCACCCAUUAUCUUGACCAUGCCAAACUGUUUCUUAAGCAGGAUUCCACAUCGUCAUUAAUUUCUGGUGGAAUAGCGGGUGCGGUAUCCCGUACCGUAGUAUCACCUUUUGAACGAGCCAAAAUCCUUCUCCAACUACAAGGACCAGGUUCUAAUCACGCUUAUAAUGGGAUGUUUAGAAGUAUAGCGCGGAUGUAUACCGAAGAAGGGUGGCGUGGGUUGUUUCGUGGGAACACCUUGAAUUGUAUUAGGAUAUUUCCAUACAGUGCCGUUCAAUAUUCGGUAUUUGAAAAAUGUAAACAGUUGAUGGUUCAAUGGAGCCCUAGAGAAUCAAACAUGUGCACUGAUGGGGAGAGGUUGAUUGCUGGGAGUAUUGGUGGGAUUGCUUCUGUUGCAGUGACUUAUCCGCUCGACCUAGUUCGUGCGCGUAUCACUAUUCAAACUGCCAGUCUCAAUAAAUUAAACAAGGGGAAACUAGCCAAACCUCCAUCAGUCAUUCAAACACUUCGGGAUGUGUAUACUCAUGAAGGUGGAUUCGUUGCCCUUUACCGGGGUAUUGUCCCUACUACAUUAGGAGUAGCCCCUUAUGUGGGGAUUAACUUUGCAUUAUACGAAAAAAUCAGAAACUAUAUGGAUGCCUCUGAACACGACUUCUCGAACCCAGUAUGGAAAUUAUCAGCAGGUGCAUUCAGUUCUUUUGUUGGUGGUGUCAUAAUUUAUCCGCUUGAUGUGUUGAGAAAACGUUAUCAAGUUGCAAGUAUGGCCGGCGGAGAGUUGGGGUUUCAAUAUAGAUCUGUGGCCCAUGCAUUAGUAUCGAUCUUUAAGACCGAAGGUUUUUUUGGUGCAUACAAAGGAUUGUCUGCCAAUUUAUAUAAGAUCGUACCAUCAAUGGCAGUAAGCUGGCUCUGCUAUGACUCAUUAAAGAAGGCAUUUAGUGAGUGGUGAGUGAAGAAAUGAAUGGGGGACAUUUAGUAUUUAUUAGAAAUAUUCAUAGAUAUAUAAAAAAAAUAGUGAUAGAUGGUUUUAAUAUAUUCAAUAAUUUAC